ACGACUACUUUGUAAACUUCCGAGUUUGAGAAACGACAGAAUGUCUGACUACUGGAUAUCUAUUCCUCGAAAAUUUUGUGAAUUCUGCAAAUGUUGGAUAACUGACAAUAAACCAAGUGUCGACUUUCAUGAAAGAGGGAAAAGACACCAAGAAAAUGUCAAGAAAAAGAUUGACGAUGUUAAGAAAAAGAGUUUGGAGAAAGCUCAGAAGGAUGAAGAGAUGAACAGCGAUAUCAAGAAAAUGGAACAGGCUGCUCUAGAAGCAUUCAGGAAAGAUUUAGCAAACAACCCAGAAAUGGCAGCCAGAUAUGCUGCAAAGCUGAAAGCAGCAAGAGAAGCUGAAGAACUAAAAGAGAAGAAAUCGAAGCCUUCCAAAACAAAACCUGUGGAUGAGAAGACAGCGAGUGAUAGCUCGCAGACAGCGAGUCAGGAGAUCCACGAGUGGUAUGAAGCGAAAUCUGCAGAGGGUUAUACGUAUUACUGGAGCACUGUAACAGGAGCUUCCGUGUGGGAAGCCCCUGACAGUUACGUUUCCCUGGCAGAACAAGAGAGUAAAGCAGAAGAAGCUCUGGGAAAGAACUCGCCAGAAUUAAAAUCGGAUACCUCAAAAGACCAAAAAGAAUCUUCAACUUCUACUUCUGCUGCUGCUGCUGAUGAUGAUGAUGUGUCACCAGACAUGAUUCCUCUGCCGGUGAAUGUUCCCAGUCCGAGUGAGAUACCUCUCCCGAGUGAGACCAGUCUGGUACCUGCCAGCACAGAUAACAUUCCUGCUGCUCCUGAACCGGAGACUCCGCGAGAAGAUCCACGCUGGGCUCGUGCUGCAUACGGCUCGUGGGAAACGGUCAAAGUGGAAGAGCCAGUAUAUGUGGAUUUAGAGCUGCCUCAGCCUGCUCAAGGCACAGAAGUUAGUGAUAUUCCUCUCCCGGGCAUGGUGCCUUCGGAACCCAAGGUCAAAUUCAAAGAGAAGAAGGUUGUCUCCCUUGGGAGCAAGGAUGGUGCUCCUGUUGCAUUCAAGAAAAGGAAAUUGGGAGCCAAUGUAAGAAGUAUGAGGAAGCGAGAUGACGACGAUGUCUGACACUGUUUUCAGUUUUAAGCAUGGACUGAAAUAAAUGCACAUGUGUAAGUGUGACCGUUUCCAGUGUGGUGAGUUAAAAACUCUUGAGAUGUGGAAAACGGUAUAGAAGCAGAUUGAGCUGUAAGACUAACAGCCGUGAACAAAUAACCAUGGGCCGUCUUGAGGCUUCACUACCGGCCGAGCUGGUAGGUGUCCAGUCUGCUAACCAGUACCGGCUCAAGCCCAGAGUGAGCUGACAGUUCAUUAGUGAGAGUUAUUAUCUCCCCGUCUUCAGGGUGAGAGCAGUACACAGCAGAGUGAACCCCUCUUCAAUGCUAUCCCAAGUACAUAGGAAUAAAAUGGCAUGUACAUCAAAA